AGCGUUGCUUAUCUUGAUGGAGCUUGGGUAGCCCUCCAGGGGCAGGGGAACUAAGAGCAGCUGCACUUUCACAUUCCGUCACAGAGAACUGUCCUCCCCAGACUUCUGCAAGCUUGGAGAUGUGUGGCCUGUGUCAGGGCUGGAAAUGAUGGCCCUGUGAUGGAAUCUCUCUAAGGAGACAGGGUGCCACCAGAGAAGAGAAGGAAUGGGUGAGUUGUGAGUUCUGGACGGUGGCUGGACCUCUGGCAGGAUGUGUGGCAAGAGCUAGGUGGACUGGCCCACACGGAUCUUGCUGGCACACUACUCACCUGGGAAGCUUCUCCUGGAAAACGAGAUGCCUGUCAACAGCACUGCCGUGUCCUUGACCAGUGUCACCUACAUCACUGUGGAGAUCCUCAUCGGGCUCUGCGCCAUAGUGGGCAACGUGCUGGUCAUCUGGGUGGUCAAGCUGAACCCCAGCCUGCAGACCACCACCUUCUAUUUCAUUGUCUCCCUAGCCCUGGCUGACAUUGCUGUCGGGGUGCUGGUUAUGCCUCUGGCCAUUGUCAUCAGCCUGGGUGUCACAAUCCACUUUUAUAGCUGCCUUUUCAUGACCUGCUUGAUGCUGAUCUUCACCCACGCAUCCAUCAUGUCCUUGCUAGCCAUUGCUGUGGACCGAUACCUGCGGGUCAAGCUCACAGUCAGAUCCAGGAUUCCUAAGGCCCCUGGGUCCAUCUGGUCAUCCCAGUUGAAGAUUCACUUCUUUCCAGUCAUGAGGCUCUUCAUUCUGCUCUCUUUGACUGUCUUUUCAGAUGCCAUGGUCAUGGACGAGAAGGUCAAGGAAAGCUUUGUGCUGGACACAGCUUCCGCCAUCUGCAGCUACGACACCCACUAUAAAGACCACCCCAAGUACUGGUGCCGAGGCUAUUUCCGGGACUACUGCGACAUCAUCGCCUUCACACCCAACAGCACCGACCGCGUGGCCCUGAGGGACACAGGAAACCAGCUCAUCGUCACUGUGUCCUGCCUGACCAAGGAGGACACAGGCUGGUACUGGUGUGGCAUCCAGCGUGACUUUGCCAGAGAUGACAUGGACUUUACAGAGCUGGUUGUGACCGAUGACAGAGGAGCCGUCGCUGACAGUUUCUGGUCCGGGCAAGACCUAUCGGGCAACAAGAACAGAAGCUGCAGGGCUUCCAAGGUUGUCCACAAGGCAGAUCACUCCAGGAUGUUCAUUCUCAUCAUUUGCAUACUGAUCACGGGCUUAGCGCUCAUCUCCAUAUUCAGUCGUUUGUCCCGAAGGAGGAGAAACCAAAGGAACAGAACGGGUAAAGGCCUAACGAGAAACCAGAAAACCAGCCAAGCUUCUGCGAGCCCCACGCCGCUGCAGACAACUCUUUGACGUCCCUUCCACAUGUCCUGACUCCAAAGGCAAUGGCUCACACUGAACAGAUGGGGCUGAAGAUUUCUUUUAUUAUUAAGUUCAUAAAUAAAAUGAUGUUACAGCAGAAUCACCGUGACAACUGGCCCACAACUUGGGGACUGAUUCUGAUCUCAGGUGUUCUGAAGGCCCCUCUCACCUCACCAGCGAUCAUUUGCAGAUAGGUAAGAACAGACCCAGUCAGGGGGUUGUGCUCGGCCACUCCUGAGCAACACCACAGUCAGAUAACAUCUCAAGAUCUUAGUUCUAAUGCAACUAAGUCAAAAGUGAAGAAGAGGGCCAGAUCUUGAUCAGGGGGCCAGAAGAUCACUUCUGCUGUAUUCCUUAGCCAAUAAAUUUCUGACCCAGUGUUGAAUGAACUCCAAGGUAUGACUAACUUCUCUCAGGAUAUCACUGGGAAAGUAUUUCCAGAAAAGUUUGUUUUAAAGUAUAAUAUUCCAGUUUACUUCUGAAUUAGUAUUCCAUGCUGUUCUACCCAAAGAAAGGGAGAGAGGCUACAUCACAGGUUCUCAGAGUCUCUUGGCUCAAAGAUUGGGAAACUGCCACCGGUUUGGGAAACUGUAUGGGGAACCAGACUGAAUGGACACUGCUUCUGAUCAGUAAGAAACCAAAGUGUGAUAAGAGAAAUAUCCAUUCACAUCAGGAAACAAAUCGAGACAAGGGCAUCAGUAGUUGUGGGUGUAAGUGAGGUGAUUCUGUCACGAAUGCCAGGAUUACCUACACUCCUAGCUUCCACCUGCACGUCUACACCUCUCUCCCCCUAGAGUGUGUCUCCUGCUUUUCAGACCCUGGAAUCUCCCCACUGCUUCUGCUGCCCUCAUAAAAUCCCUGCUCUUCCAGUCCCUCCUGAGAGGGUUUUGGCCAGUCUCCAUGCUCAGGACACACAGUGGCGUCCCGUCUGGGCAGGCCUGGGACAGGGUUCUAUAUACACCUGCACGUUUAGGUCCAGGCUCUCACAGAGUCUUUUAAGAACACAGUUCCUUCAGCCCUAAGCCUUCUCUGCAUAGGUAGGGAACCCAAAGCUACUCAACAAGCAGGCUGAUGGGAAGAGUAGGGAGGGGGACCCCAUUCCUGCCACCCUCUGAAUGCCCACUCAGCCAGUCCCUUCCCUCCCCAGUCCCAGAUAAAACAACAUCAAAAGUCCGAAUCCUUCUCCUGUGGCCAUGUGUUAAAUUUGCACAAAGAAGCCACUAGCCCACUGGUUUUGCAAACAGCAAUCCAUCCUUGGGACUUCCCUGGUGGCUCAGACGGUAAAGCGUCUGCCUGCAAUGUGGGAGACCUGGGUUCGA